CGGGGAAUGUAUAAGUGGAAACACUUCAGAAAAGAAAGGUUGGCUUUUGCUGUCGAAUGCGGCAGGAAAUCGUCGUCGAGCUGGGGUCGAAUCGAAGCAACUGGAACUGGACCUGGGUUCUGCAAAGCCCGAGCCACUGCUCUUUCCAUACGUGAACGUGAAUUCAUUAUCAUCGAGAGAGGCAGGGGCAAUGAUCCUGUGUAUUUUGAUAACUAACCGCGCCGGGAGCGUGCUGUUUGAGAGAUUCUAUGGCGUUCCGGCGGAGGAGAAGAAGCCGUGGACUUCGUUCUUGAAGAAGCUCGGGGCGGAAAACCUGCAGUAUGCGAGAGAAGAGGAGGAACUCGUUGCGUCCCAUAGGUCGGUUUUUCACAUUGUGUAUGCCGGGAUCGGCGACCUUGCCGUCUACACUCUUGGCAGUGAUGAGUACGACGAGCUUGGAUUGUGCGAAGUGUUGCGGUCCAUCCUUUCAGUUCUUAAGGAUGUCUGCAACCAAAAGGUUUCUGAAGCUGCUGUUGUUGAUAAAUACGGCAGAAUCUGCCUAAGUUUGGAAGAGGUGGUUUUCCAGGGAGACUUGGAGCUCACAGACAAAGAUAGAGUCAAGCGAGCGGUCAAGCUGAAGACAAGCUAUAUCGAAUCGUAGUUAAUAUAGCAGCAGGGGGCAGGAGAAUUGUUCUCAUUUCCUGUUAUGACUGGUUUUCUGUUUGUUCGGAGUUUAUUAGUGACACAAGAAGCAAAGGGCUGUG